CCGGCUGCACGCGCCACCUGCGGGGCUGGCUGGCUUCCUCUUUCUGCCGGGGGGAACACAGUUUCCCCGCGGGAGUUCGGGAGCGCGCGGGCUGGCGCGCACACAGACUGGCAUCCACACACGCCAGAGCGCGCGAUCAUCCCUGCUGCAGCCCCGGCCGGGCAGACGGAGCUGCGGCAGUUUCCCUGAGACCAGAGUCAAGGGGGAAAGCAGAACCAUUGUGCCUCCGAGAGAGACAGGUGUCAGCCUGCCCACUUGGGUAUCAAGCCCAGCAGACUGCUCCCCCCUCAUCGGUUGGAAUGCUCGCUGAUUCACCGGAACACUUGUAAGCCUGACUGCGAGGAACCAGCUGGAGAAUGCCGUCGGAACGCUGCCUCAGCAUUCAAGAGAUGCUGACGGGCCAGAGGCUGUGCCACUCAGAAUCUCACAAUGACACCGUCCUCGCAGCACUGAAUCAGCAAAGAAGUGAUGGCAUUCUCUGUGACGUGACCCUGAUAGCCGAGGAACAGAAAUUCCACGCUCACAAGGCAGUCCUCGCGGCCUGCAGCGACUACUUCCGGGCCAUGUUCAGUCUUUGUAUGGUGGAGAGUGAAGCCGAUGAAGUAAACUUACGAGGCGUGACCAGCCUGGGCUUAAAGCAGGCUCUGGAGUUUGCCUACACAGGACAGAUUUUGUUGGAGCCAGGCGUGAUCCAGGAUGUGUUGGCAGCUGGGAGUCACCUACAGCUGUUGGAGCUUCUCAACUUGUGUUCCCACUAUCUCAUCCAGGAACUAAAUAGCUUUAAUUACUUGGAUCUGUACAGACUUGCUGACCUCUUUCACCUCACUUUGCUGGAGAAGGCUGUGAUUGAUUUCCUAGUGAAGCACCUCUCGGAGCUCCUGAAGAGUCGACCGGAGGACGUUCUCACACUGCCCUACUGUCUGCUUCAGGAAGUGCUCAAGAGUGACCGCUUGACCUCCCUGAGCGAAGAGCAGAUCUGGCAGCUAGCCGUGAGGUGGCUGGAACACAACUGUCAUUACCAGCAUUUGGACGAGCUCCUGCAGUACAUCCGCUUUGGACUAAUGGAUGUGGAUACCCUCCACACGGUUGCCCUAUCCCACCCCCUGGUCCAGGCAAGUGAGACGGCAACUGCCCUCGUCAAUGAGGCCCUGGAAUACCACCAGAGCAUCUAUGCCCAGCCUGUGUGGCAGACCCGCAGGACCAAACCGCGGUUCCAGUCAGACACUCUCUAUAUCAUUGGUGGGAAAAAGCGUGAGGUCUGUAAAGUCAAGGAGCUUCGGUACUUCAAUCCCGUGGAUCAGGAGAACGCUCUCAUAGCCGCCAUUGCCAACUGGAGUGAGCUGGCUCCUAUGCCAGUGGGAAGGAGCCAUCACUGUGUGGCGGUCAUGGGGGACUUCCUGUUUGUAGCAGGAGGGGAAGUGGAGCAUGCCAGUGGCCGGACCUGUGCUGUGAGGACUGCCUGCCGCUAUGACCCUCGCAGUAAUUCCUGGGCAGAGAUAGCACCCAUGAAAAACUGCCGGGAGCAUUUUGUGCUGGGUGCCAUGGAUGAAUACCUCUAUGCGGUAGGGGGCAGAAAUGAACUGCGCCAGGUUCUGCCUACAGUGGAAAGAUACUGCCCCAAGAAGAACAAAUGGACUUUUGUGCAGUCCUUUGACCGAUCCCUUUCGUGUCACGCUGGAUAUGUGGCUGAUGGUCUUCUUUGGAUAUCAGGUGGAGUAACUAACACGGCACAGUAUCAAAACAGACUGAUGGUGUAUGAACCCAACCAGAAUAAGUGGAUAAGCCGUAGCCCCAUGCUCCAGAGAAGGGUCUACCACUCCAUGGCCGCCGUCCAGAGGAAACUCUAUGUUCUUGGAGGCAAUGACCUAGACUACAAUAAUGACCGGAUUCUCGUGCGCCAUAUAGAUUCUUACAACAUUGACACUGACCAGUGGACACGCUGUAAUUUCAACUUGUUGACCGGCCAGAAUGAAUCUGGAGUCGCUGUCCAUAAUGGGAGAAUAUAUUUAGUUGGUGGAUAUUCAAUUUGGACAAAUGAGCCUCUGGCUUGUAUCCAGGUGCUGGAUGUAAGCAGAGAAGGCAAAGAAGAGGUGUUCUAUGGACCUACACUGCCCUUUGCUUCGAAUGGCAUAGCAGCAUGCUUCCUUCCAGCUCCGUAUUUCACGUGCCCUAACCUUCAGACCCUGCAGGUGCCUCAUCACAGAAUCGGCACUGUCUGAGAAGCCAGCACCGUUAGACAGCAUCAGGAGCCCGAAGGAGAGCUUAACAUCUGGAUACAGGCCACGAACAUCCUCAGUGCUCCAUGCUUCCCUGUCAUGUUUUACAGGUCUAAAAUUGUCUAAAUACUAGCAAAAAAGAAAAAAAAAAAGAGCAAUUUUCUAAAACAUAUUGUGAGAAUUCUGUCACUUCUUUUCCAUGUAUGUUAAUACACAUAUGUAUAAUUUUUGUUGUGGUGCACCUUAAUGCUGUCCUGUGGGCACAUUACUGUUUCAUGGAUCUUUAAGACAUUUCUCUUACCCUGUUCUUAUCAGCGCCAUCCAGGAUCACGUGACACUGUUAGUAAGGCACCUUUCACAGUGGCAUUGGUUGUCUCCUAAUCUUCCGUACUUCUGCCCUUCACUGCUUAAACACCAGAGCGUCAUUUUUCAAAGCGUCACAUUCAGCAGCUCUGCUCAGGAGAGGUUAGCAGGGCGGUGUCGUAAGUGCUAAGUGCCAUGUGUUACUGAAGGUGAUGAGAGCAGCCGACUUGGAAAAGGUAGAUUUCCAGCCCUGCUUACUCUGCCCUUGGGUGGGAACUUUACAGCCUCAAAAGAUGGUAACUGCUCAUCUCCACGUUAACUGAAAAGAAUGCUGUGAGAAUUAGGCAAAUGCUCAGAACGUUGCCUAAGAAGAAAAGCUACUCAAAUUCUAAGGUGUUUUACUGUAUUUCAGAACCUUGUUAACUGAACCACAUCCUGUGGGAUAAAUGAGUCUAAGAAUAUCAGGAAGACACUGUACCUAUCAUAACUAGGAAUACCAAAGAUCCCUAAGCUUGUACAAAUUCUUGCCUGAAAGAAUUCUCUUAAAUGCUCAUUUAAAAAAAAAAUUAGCUGUACUAUCCAUGGUACCACAGAAGGCUGUGACGUAAGUCUGAACUGAGAGUGGGCAGUUCUACUGGACAUUUUACAAGUUACUAAAGGUUAUGUCAAUCCUGAGUGCUUCUGGGAUUCCCCACCACUGCCAAUACAUUUUUUAUUACUACCACUUUUAAUGAUGCACAGUUCAUUUUUAGUUUAGAUUUCUGAGUUCGCUUUAUCUACAGCCAAAAUAAAUCAUCUUAAUAAUAACAUCUUAACAUAAACUCAACACGUUUGUCUUCCUAAUCUCGCCAAGACUUGAGGUCAUUUUUAUGAAACGGCUGCUUUCCCGCUGCCGCUUGGUCAUUUCAGCAGUGCCUAUGUCUCAGAAACUAUUAACUGUGGAACCACUUCUUUUUUUUAAUCAUCAUAAGCAAAUGAAAAAAUAACCCUUUUCUGUUUGUUUAGGGUGGCUUCGAUAGGCUACCUAACUAUGCUGGCCCCCAACUCAUGAUCCUCCCAGAUAAAACAAUCUGUUUAUCUUAGCAAUCUCACUAACGUUAAGCACUGUAUAAGGAUACCCUAACGCAUGGUUCUGAGAGUAAAAAUGAUCUAGUUACUGGGUACAGGACAUGAAGAGAUGAGAAGGGCGAGGAGGAAAGGUAACAACUGGAAUCAGACAGAGCAGCGACUGCUGGUGCGGACAGGCGCUGCAAGCACUUAAAAAGCUGCCUCCGAGCCUUCAGAAAUGAACUUGACAUUCUGUCAGUCUCGAAAGUGUAUUCCUGCCCUGCUGAAUUCUUACCAUACAGGCAUAGAUAACAAGUGUUUCAGACUUACUGACGUCUCUAAAACCAUUAGAUACAUAAUGCUAUAGUAAACAAACAAGCAAACAAACAAAUAAAUGAACAAAUCGUUAUAGUCCCAGGUCUUAUACCCUGAAUGAAAGGAAAUGGUUUCAAAAUAAGCUUGCCCAAAUGACAACCUUAGACGUUCUGAAUUCAUUUCUAAGCAUUCAUCUAAGCCCGCAUAAACUACCAGUUAGUUUCUCCUUGUGUUCAUGGCAGACUUCUUGCCGAGUAUGGACAUAUUCUUCACAUCUCCAAUCAAAGAAGAGCAUCAAAACUCUCACACGCCUUUACUACAAAAAAAGAAGAUCCAUAUCACACAGUUCCCUUCCCCCAAAUCGUCUGCAAUGGGGAAACCAAUCUAUGGAAUUAUAGUUGAUGUAUAUUAUAUGCAAAUCCCAUUUGGAAUACUGUUAUAUACCUAUCUACUAUUCAAGUAUAGUAUCCAUUAGUAAUUUGUCUUUUUUUCAAUCCUCAGAAUUAAAGAUUGGAUUUUACUUUUCCUAAAAGACCAAAAGACUUUGAAGCACCUAAAUAUCACUUGAGGAUUCUACUUUAAAACACAAACUGAGUUUCUACAAUAAUUCUGUUGUGAAAGGCAAAGCUGGCAAAGACAUGACUCUCCAUCUACAAUGGAAGAUGCAAUAAAGCCCCUAAUCUUUAAAAGUAAGAUGCCAACUACAUCACGAUUAUGGCACCUUUUGUACCUUCUGGUUUUCUUCACAACUAAGUACAUGCAUAGCAUCCCCUUCACCUACCGCAGAAGUGGAAACCUUCAAUUGUUUUCCCACGAAUUAUAAAUGCAAUGGGAACAAAAGAUACUGUUUCUCUAAGUAACAUGGCUCAUCUUUUAUUUUCGCUGGAUAAUCAGCGACACACUGCAGGUAAAAU